UGGGCACAGGAAGACGGGAGCUGGGCAAACCAAAGGAAGAACAAAAAACGGGGGCAUCUAUGCAUUAAAAAGAAAGCCUGGCAGAGUGGAGUGGGAGUAGAAGACUAGAACUCUAGAAGGAAGGGGAGAGGCAAGACCACGAGAGACCACGAAAGUGAGAGGGUGGUACACUGGGGUUUGGGGGAGAGAGAGAUGGAGUGAGGAACAGAGUAAGGGAGAGAUCGAGGGAGGGCGGGAGGGCAGGGAGAGAUCGAGGGAGGGAGACUCGGUUGGCCUCCGCAGACAAGCUCGCUGCUCAUCUUCUCUGCUUGUCCGGCUAUCCGAAGUUCCUGAAAGGAAAUCUCUUUCAUCUAGGUAUUAUCUGCGGUGCUCGAGUUGAUUGCUUGUCCAGACUUAACCUAGCAUUGGGCUGAUAACAGGUGGGGGGCCAUGGCAUCCUACUUCUGUUUUAGGAAACCAAUGCGACCUAUUCCCAGUUUUGCUAUACCACAAUAUCAGAUACCACGAUAUCAGAUAUCAUGUCAAGAUAUGCUUUGCCUGGUUCUGCGUCCAGAAGGCGAAGUGGUUGUCAUAGAGGGCAUUGGUGGCUCGGGAAAGACAUGGGCGGCAAAAGCUGCAUUUGAAACAUCAAAGAACUCAAAUCGCUUUGAAGACUAUAUCUGGGUUUCAUUGUCUAGAAGUUGUAGUCUGAGGCGGUGCAUCGAGAAGAUAGCGACAUGUCUUUCAAUUGAAAUUGGAGAGGAAUUGUUAUCAUCAAGAAUUGCGGUCAUGAUCAAGGAGCAUCUCGCAAGACGGAAGUUCUUGUUGGUUCUCGAUAAUGCUUAUUUUGUCGAGGAAAACAUCUUAUCGCACUUGGGGAUUCCUCAUCCUCGAGAGCAGGGUUUUGGCUCAAAGGUCAUUGUGACCACAAGAACUGCGAGGGCACUGUCAGUCAUGGAGCCAGCUACAGUUAUACUGCCACAACCUCUCACCUAUGAGGCCUCACAUGACCUACUGCGCGAGAAGCUUGGCAAAGAUAUUGAUCUAGAAUUAAUUGACAACUGCUUUGGCAUGCCAUUGUCAAUUAUCUUACUGGCCGGAGCACUGUGUGAUGCGCCUACACAUGAGGAAUUCCACAAGUUAAUUAGUGCAGCUCAUGUGGCUCAAGGACCUAAGGUGUCAGUGUUCAACACAAUGACUCGCCUUGUAAAUUUUGGUUACCGUCAGCUUCCUAGUGAUACUGCUAGGCACUGCUUCCUAUACUGCUUGCUCUUCCCUGACGAUGAAGCAAUUUCUGUCAAAGACUUGAUCUUUUUCUGGAAGCUAGACAGUAUGAUUCAAGAAGCUCAAGAUUUCCAUGAGGCUGACUGUGUCGGUAAGGAAAUUAUUCAUGUGCUUGUAAAGCAUGGUUUAAUUCAUUUCGAGGAUAAUGAUCAUAUCCGCAUGCAUGAUGUAAUUAGAGAGACGGUAUCACAACUUGGACGGGACAAUGGCUAUGUGGAACAGCCUGAAAGGUACUUUGACAAUGAAGUUCGAUUUGAGUAUCUUGCCAAGUUGGGCGGAAGAAUUUCCUUGAUGAACACAAUAAAGAAAGAACUUCGAUUUGAGUGCAUUGCCAAGUUGGGCAGAAGAAUUUCCUUGAUGAACACAAUAAAGGAAGAACUUUAUCCAAGUCCUGAGUGCUUUUCUACUUCGACACUACUUUUAAGAGGAAACCGCCAUAUGAGAACUAUAUCGGAAGAAAUUUUUUCGCGUCUGGGAAUGCUUAGAGUGCUGGACCUGUCGUUUACUGGAAUCGCAAUCCUACCCCGAUCUAUUUCUUAUUUGUUUUAUCUCCGGUUGCUGCUACUAGUUGGAUGUGGACACUUGGAGAAAAUUCAGCACAUAGGCUCGCUGGAGAUGCUUGAGGUACUUAAUGCAUCAGGCUGUGGCUCUCUUAAAAGGGUAGAAUGUGGAUCAUUUGACCAUAUGAGGUUGCUCAAGAUCCUUGACCUUUCCAGGACUUCUAUUGAACACUUGCCAUCUCUAGCUGCCUCCAUGGAGCUUCACCAACUGUUACUACAAGAUUGCCCAUAUCUCGAGUCUGAGCAAACUACAGAAACAAAUGCCAAGUUCUGUGUUACAAAUUUUAUCAAGUUCCCUUAUGGAGUUUCAAAAUCAGGUGCAGUAAGGAACCUACAGCUAGGGGCAAGCAAAGACCUGGUGGAUUGGAUGGCCAUGCUUUGGUUACCUUCUGGACUGACUUUUGAGUUGUCUGACAGAUUUGGCACGAUGGUCUCUCAAGAUGUUAACCAGAACAACAAAACAUACAUUCACGCAAGUCACCCCAACUUUGUUCAGUCUCUGGAUAAAGAUUCUCCACUAUGGUUAAACUGCCUUCGUAAGUUUCACAUAGUUAUGUCCCCUUUAAAGUAUGAUGAUCAAACCCUGGAUAAUGUCCUCGGAACUGUGAGGACAAAGUUCUCUUCCGUCGACACGCAUUCCGGUGAUUUUGAUAGGUUUCUGGAGAUAAACUGUGUCAACAUGCCUAAUGGUAUCGAGGGUAUUCUUAGUCAUGCUGAGUUGAUAUCACUAAAGGGAGUAACAGCAACAGAUCAAGUAUUGAAUCUGAAUACUGGAAGACUGACAGCAGCACGAGAACUUUGGAUAGAAAACUGUCACCAACUUGAGAAUCUUUUCUUACUGGAAGAAGUACAUGGAUCACACGAACUGGGCACAUUGCAGAAUAUAUGGAUCUCCAACAUGGACAAUUUAGGAUACUUCUGCCUAGAGAUGAAAGAUUUGACUAGUUUCAGUUAUCUGAAGCAUGUGCUCCUUGAUUGCUGCCCAAAGCUCAACUUCCUCUUUCCUUCAUCACUACGCAUGCCAAAUCUCUGUAGUCUACAUAUAAGGUUCUGUGAUAGCUUGGAGAGGGUGUUUGACGAAUCGGUAGUUGCAGAAUAUGCUCUUCCAGGGUUACAGUCACUGCAACUGUGGGAGCUUCCUGAGCUUAGCUGCAUCUGUGGAGGGGUAUUGCCAUCUCUCAAGGACUUGAAGGUGAGAGGUUGUGCAAAACUGAAGAAAAUUCCCAUUGGCGUGACUGAAAAUAACCCAUUUUUCACAAAAGUAAUAGGGGAAAUGCAGUGGUGGAAUAAUUUGGUAUGGGACGACGAAGAUAUCAAGCGUUGGAUGCUGUUUAGAAACUGGGGGCCCCUGGUACCACAUUUUGCAACUGAAGGAUGAACUUCAUGCUAUUUUAACUGUUUCUCAAAUCGGCAUUUUACUUUUGUUAGCCAGCGCAGUAUGGAUUCAGCAUUUGAUCAAUUUGGAUGCCAAAUUGCCUGUGUACUGUUGUACCUGAAGCCUAUGACGACGCAAAGCAUUUUGAGUUAAUUCCUGUAAACAAUCAAAACCUAGGGAUUGCCAUCCUAAAUAAGUGACGAUAAUAUACUGCAACUCCGUCUUCCUGAGGGUUGGAUCACGGGGGCUCCGUGAGAUUGUUCCAAAAA